CCUCCCUCGCGUCCUCACACCCGGCUGGACUUGCCGGGCAGAACCGGGCGCUCAAAGCUUGGCAGCAGGUGGCUUUUUCUCAAGUAUAUUUUCGAGUCUGUUUGGAACCCGGGAAAUGAGGAUUUUAAUUUUGGGAUUAGAUGGAGCAGGAAAAACUACAAUUUUGUACAGAUUACAGGUUGGAGAGGUCGUUACUACUAUUCCUACCAUUGGAUUUAAUGUUGAGACGGUAACAUACAAGAACCUUAAAUUCCAAGUCUGGGAUUUAGGAGGACAGACCAGUAUCAGGCCAUACUGGAGAUGUUAUUAUUCAAACACAGAUGCAGUCAUUUAUGUUGUAGACAGUUGUGACCGAGACCGAAUUGGCAUUUCCAAGUCAGAGUUAGUUGCCAUGUUGGAGGAAGAAGAGCUGAGAAAAGCCAUUUUGGUGGUGUUUGCAAAUAAGCAGGACAUGGAACAGGCCAUGACUCCCUCAGAGAUGGCAAAUUCACUUGGGUUACCUGCCUUGAAGGACCGAAAGUGGCAAAUAUUCAAAACUUCAGCAACCAAAGGCACUGGCCUUGAUGAGGCAAUGGAAUGGUUAGUUGAAGCAUUAAAGAGCAGACAGUAAUUCAGUCACUUCUCCUCUGAAAUGAAGACCACGCCACAUGUCCCUUUGGAAACAGUUAAGUGUGCUUCACACUGCUACAUGUUAGAGCUGUGUAUGACUGUUGGCAUAUACUGAACUGACUACAACUUUUGUAAUAAAUAUAAAAAAUAAGUAUUUCGUUGGAAGGGUAACUCAUCGUGAUUGAACCAACUGACUGGUCUGUGUAAUGUAAAAUAUUCCUUGCUUUCUUGUAUUAAGGUAUAUAUUCUAUUUGUGUGGAAUUCUUAUUCAAAUAUAGUCCUAUUAAAGAAUGCACUCUUAUUGAGGGAAAAAAAAGCCCUAUUUUUGAAUGAGUGGUUGCAGAUUGUAUAAACACUAAAAUAUAUCUUAGCUCAGAUUUCUUUCCUCUAAAAUGAAUUAAGUUUUCCCAAAAAUUAGACUCAACAGAGUAGUCUAGGAGCAUAGCGUGGGUAAUAUAGUUUUCAUUUGCUUAGUGACCACAUUAUUUAAGCUGUUUCAUUUAAAGGCUUUUCGUUAUAGGCAUGAAGUUGAAAUAAUUAUUUUGGUGGUUAACUUCACUGACGUAUCUGUAAUUGUCAUUUUAUAGUUGUUGAGAACAUUUUAUGUAUAAUGAACUAGUCAGUUUGUACAAGAAUCCUGUGAUGUGGGUAGGACAGGUUGUAACGUAAUGUCUUCAUUUUAUGGAUGUGUGGAGUCUUGGCUUGAUAGGUUGGCUUGCCCAGCUGCUAGUAAGCUAGGAACAGGGCUCAAAAUGAGACUCUAGGGUCAGAAGCUUGUCCCAUGAACUAUAUCAUAAAUUCCUGAAAAUGCCAACUUGGCAACACAGGUGACAUAACUCCCUAAAUAAAACUAUGCUAACUGAAGUGGACUCUGUACAAAAUAAUGCCUGUAAAUUUAUUUGUCAUACUAGUAAGGGUAGUAAAAACAAUCCUAAAUGGUUAUAUUUGAUGAAUUCACAACACAUUAAAGAAAACAUUCACAUUGAGGAAAUAAAGAGCUAUUUUAAGAAGCAUUGUAAAAGAUGUCUUUACUCAUUUUAUCUACUUGGAAUUGGAUGUAUAAAUUUGGUGAAGUCAAAAUCUUAUUGGUUCUGUAGGGAAAAAUUAAGCAUUCUUGGUUUUAGAAAUUAGGUUUACUGCUAGACUAUCAAAAACAAAUUAUAUUCAAAGGAACUUUUCUACCACAGAAUUGGUUACAGUGUGACAGAAGUAAGUACAGUCCUCAGUGAUUACUAAAAUUGGGGAGAAUUGUUUCAUUGUUUAAGUUGGAUAAUCAGCAUUAGAUGCUAAAAUAUUAGAUGCUGGUAAAGUGAGCUUAAUACCAUUGUGCCCCUCAUGUGUCAGAAACAACUAGGGGUUCAUUUCCUGUCCCUGACACUGUCCUACCAGAUGUUGGCCUCUGGCCUCUUUCCCUUACACUUUCAUCAUUUUCUCAGCUCGCGAAUGUGACUUUCUCCUUUGGCCUGUGGGAUUUUCAGUCUUUACUUAAUCCCUAGCACCCAUUCCUAAUUUGGUCUCAGUGUCAAGGUCACUGUGAGAACAGAAGUAUGGGGAAGUGAGGCCCUGAUGGGCAGAUGCUGUCCAGCACAUGGCCCUCACUGUCUUGAAUUCUGAGGAGGGUCCAUGAAGCUGUAGCCACGGUCAGCACUUGGAUGAUCCUGAUCCCUCAGGUUUGUCAAAUAAUGAGAUGGGGUAAAAGAGCGUACACUUACUUUAACCUGUAUGAAUUACCAUACCACAUUAAAGGGCCUCAUCCAGCAGGAAACUGUAUAGGUAUGUAUAGGAGUUUGAAUGUUGAUAAAAAUCUAAAAAAACACCAACCCAAGUUCUGGGUAGAAUUGGCCACUCCUUCAGGGUUUUUUCCUCUAUAAAUAAACAAGAGACUUGGACAAAUAAUAUCAAAGGUUUGUUUUAGCUUUAAUAUUCUGUUUUAUAACUGGUUAAUAGGUGUGCUAUGACAUGAUUACACUGAAAAUUAAGAAAUUGAGAAUGGUGGAAUUCUGUUAGCAGAAUACUUGAGAUGCACUUUAAAUUGUGGAAACAUAAGCUCCUGAGGGCAGGAACCUUUACUUACUGUUAGUAUCCCUUGCAUCUAGUGCACAUAGUAGGCACUCAAUAAAUACUAAUUAAAACAAA